GAUAGCGGAGAAAGACAACCAAUUACAGAUGAAAGACAAGCUCCUGGAGGGAAAGGAGUCACAGAUUAAAGAUGGAGAAAAUAAUCUCAAGGAGAAGAUGCAACUUCUGGAGGAGAGGACAGAAAGACUGAUGGAGACGGAGAAGAUGCUAGAGGACAAGAACAAAGAGAUGGAGGAGACAACACAACAACUAGAGGAGAAGAACAAAGAGAUGGAGGAGACAACACAACAACUAGAGGAGAAGAACAAAGAGAUGGAGAAGAUGAACCGACAACUUGAUGAGAAGAAUAAACUCCUCCAGGAAAGAGACACAGAAUUGGAGAACAUAACCAAACGAGAGAGGGAGAGAGAGAAUUUACUGGAGAGCAUGGCCAGUGAGUUGGAGACCAGUAAAAGACAAGUACAGGACCUGAGAACCCAACUGCAAGAGCAAGAGAAGGAGCUGGUGGAGAGAGAGAAACAGCUGGAGGUAGAAAGACAAAGAUGUGGAGAUGUGGGAGGAAAGAUUCCUGGUCCAGCCGCCCCUGUGUCUCCUGCUGUGUCUGAGCUGAGGCUUGUGCUGCUGGGGGGGAGCACAGCUGGGAAGAGGGCAGCAGGAAACAGCAUCCUGGGCACACACUCACCUACACACACAUCCACAGAGACCCAGCACAGUGAGAGCAGACAAGGAGAGGUGGCUGGGAGACGAGUGACCGUGGUGGACACUCCAGACUGGUUCUGCAGUGGACUUUCUGAGAAGGACAUGAGACAAGACGUGGGGCUUUGCGUCCGUCUGUCUGCUCCAGGACCUCACGCCUUCCUCCUGGUGAUUCCAGCAGAGCCGUCUGAAGGGGAAGAGAGGAAGAUGCUGGAGAAAAUGGAGGACAUUUUUGGGGAGGACUGUUGGAGACACACACUGAUCGUCUUCACCCAUGCUAAGGGGCUGAGAGAGAGGAAUGUGGAGGGAUUGCUCCAGACAAGGAGCCAGGUGCUCCAGCAGUUAGUAGAGAAAUGUGGAAACAGGUGUCACCUUCUCAACAUUAAAGACAGACCUGAUGACUCUGAGAUAACACAGUUGCUAGAGAAAAUAGAAGAAAUGGUUUCAGGAAAUAGAGAGACAUUUUACAGUAGUGAGACCUACCAGAUCGCAGAGAGACAACUCAGAGAGAUAAAGAGAAGGAUAGAGGAGAAAUUGAGGGAAUGUACGAAGAGGAAGGAGAAAGAGAUAGAAAACCCAGAAAGGAAAAUGAAGGGAGACAUUCAUGAAAGGGAAGAAAAUAUCCUUGCAAUAGAGAGGAAAAUAGCAGAGCUGGAGAAGGAACUAGAGAAUGAAAAUAAUGAGGAGAAGAGGACAGAGUUGGAGAGACAGCUGAAGGAGGAGAAGGAGAAGAGGAGAGAGAUGGAUAGACUGAAAGAGGAUCUUGAGAAAGAAAGAAGAGAGAUGGAGGAGAGACACAUAGAGGAGUUGGAGAUGAUGAGAGAGAGCUAUGAGCAAGAGGCCUGGUCCGAAGCAGAAAUAUAUCUCAUGAAGAUCAUCCUGUCUGAACUACAGAAAAACAUCAGCAUCAUCAAAAGUAAGAUUGCGGGGGAGUUCAGGAGACAGAUGGAGGAGAAUAAAAGAGAGAUAGAGAGACUGGUGGAGAUUGUGCAGAGUCUCCAUCAUUUGGUGAAGGAGUUGGAGGAGAGCAAAUUACAGACAGAUGGUGAAGGACAGGGAGAUUGAGAGAAUGAGGUUGGAUGUUUCAGAGCUACUAUACAGGGCAGACUGAGAGAGGAGAUGGAGAUGAGGAGGGUAGGGGCUCAGAGUUCUGCUGCAAUCCAUUUGUCUCGUACACCCAGCCUACGAAUGAGUUGCAACAUGGCCGCCAUGGACACCAUAGCAGCUCUCUCAUUAGGGCUGGACAUUUAUUUGUCUCGAACACGAGAACACGUCCGUCAUUCUCCCUUGCUGGGUAUAGUCAAUGUGAAUUAAUGCCAGUGCUAGUGAGUUUUAUAGUCAAUCAGACGAAAGUAUUACAUGUUGAGAUACAUUAUUAAUUAAUUAAGAAAUGUUGAGAGUAGGAAGACCUCAAGGUGAUUUUCCUGUCACAGCAUGCAACCAAACGAGGUAAUUCGUCUGUUUGUAUUUUAUUUUAUAUUAUAUAUUAUAUUAUAUUAUAUUAU